AUGUUUCCCCGACGAACAAGUUUGGCCAUGCUAUGGCUAUUGCUAGUAGCUUGGGUUCAACCCAGCUACAGUUCCGCUCUAUACGCUUACGCCACCGAACGAACCGUCCAAGUCGGAGCCCAAGACCCAGCCACGGGAAAGAUCUACUAUAGUAGCUGCAAUAGUGAAGAUACACCAAUCUUCCCCCUCGAAAAGCCGAAUAUCCUCGAUGCGAAGCAGACACCACGCAAUGGCACUGCCCUUGCGGCAGCAGGUUGGUGGGACACCCAGACUAUCACAGCUUCCAUCUUCUGGCAAACAAAAGACGGCAUCAUUGUCAAUGGAUACUAUACCUGCAACAUGACCACAGGCAAGCUCGUACGCAAGGAUGAGUAUCAAAUCUCAGAAACAGCCGAGGUCGACUCCAUCCACAGCGAAAGCGGCCUUUCGGUGGAACUGCUCGGAGCUAACGACGGCUAUCGCGUCUUCUACCACAACGAGAACAGACAGGUUAUGAUGAUGUCCUAUACAACAGUGACAAACUGGAUUGACGGAGGCGCUGUGUCUCAAGAUACCGCGGCAGGCAUGGCGUUGGGGUCUACCCAUUACGAUAAGGAGAACAUUACCGUAGCCUUUCCCAAAGGUUCGGAUGAUAUAGAGACCUCUCGACUAGAGAAGUCGGGAACAUGGAAGCUGGCUGCCUUUCCACAAGACUUGACCAACACAUACACAAAUGAUACACUCCCGAGCGAGUUCACGUCAAGUCUGGAUCGGGACGCAAACUUCUCUCUCCCAGCUUGGAAUUCGUCGGUAGAGGCCAUAGGUUCAGCAGUGGACAGAUCACGAACCCGAAGCAUCUUCUACAUCGGUGACGACAAGAAGCUCUACGAAGCUGCUGCAUCGAAGAGCAGUUGGCAGCUGGCAUCCAACCAAACAAAAAAGGCAUGGCCUGUCGCCGACAAGCCGAGCUCUGGACUAGCUGUAGCCUACCAGCAGAGUGAAGGCGAAGCUUGGGUGUACUACUGGUCCAACAAGACUAUCGUGCAAGCUUACAAGAACUAUGACGGUGACUGGGAAGAUGCCCAAGCCUUGCCUCAAAAGGUUGCAUCAAAUGAGACUCGUACCAAGCCCCACAAGGACAAGACACCGCUGCAGGAAGAACCUUCUCAUUCCUCGGGCUUGAGCUCUGGUGCUAAAGCUGGAAUUGGCGUUGGAGUCGGUAUCGGUGCUCUUCUUCUUGUUGUGAUGGCUUGGCUUUGGAGAAGGCGACGCAACAGCCGCACUGCUGAUAACAGAGAAUCCUUUGAUGGCACCGAAGCAAUGAAGGAGACUCCGAAGGGAUUUGAUCCCUCGGAAAUGGACAGUCCAGGUCCACCUGCUGAGUUGGACCACCAUAGUUCAGUUGUAUAUGAGUUACCGGGACAGUAUGGAAGACAGCCAUGA